UAUUUUAUUGCUUCCCUUCAACGUGACUUUACCGAAAGAACCAAGAAUAUGUAAAUAUUGUUGUUUUUAUGGCGUCUCCUCCAGUCGGCGAGCGCGACUCGCGGCGGCCACGUUGGGUGAGGGGCGGGGCGGGGAAGCCGUGCCGGCGUGUUGAUGACGUCAUGCCGCCCGCUCGCUAUAUAAGCGGUGGGUAGGCGGCGUGCGCGGUGGCUUCCUCACCCAACGUGGCGGCCGUCGGCUGCCCGCACGGGCUGGCUCGCUCGCUCGCUCGCUCUUACACGUGGGGCUACGAUUCUCGGGUUUCUAGCGGCCCCCAGGGAGGCGUGAGCGGGAACGAGUAAGGGAGGAGGAGGAGGAAGAGGGGAGUCGUGAGAGGGGAGGAGGGGACUGGAGGCGGGUUAGUAGCCGGGCAACCCCCCCCCACCACCACCACCGCGCUCGGCAUGCGCGCUGGAGCCGGACCCGAGGAGCGAGUGGAGCCGCGGGCCGAGCCUCUGUGGAGUCGCAUGGGCGGUCCCGCGCUCUGCGGCCUCGCCGCGCUCGCAGCCGCCACCGCGAUUCUGCUGCUCGCCGUGGUGCACAGCCGAGGGGGCAGCGUGGAGCGGGAGGCGUGGCCAGCGGCGCCGCUGUUCCGCGGGGCGUCGCGCGUCGUCGACCUGCCGCUGGGCCAGCUGGACUGGGCGGAGCGCCUGCGCGGCGACGCCGAGGUCUGCGUGCUGGUGCUGUACGCGCCGUGGUGCGCGCGCUGUGUACGCGCCGUGCCGCACGUGGACCGCGUGGCGCAUGCCCUCGCCGGACAGGUGCUGUUUAUUGCGGUGAACUGCUGGUGGCCCAAAGGGAGAUGCAGGCGAGAGAUGAGCUUCUCUUUCUUCCCAGCGAUCCACAUCUACCACACCGGGCUCGGCCCCAUCCCCUACGAGGGCCCGCUGCUCGCCUCCUACCUGCAGGCGUUUGUGGAGCGCGUGAUGGUGCCCGUCACGCACGUCGCCACGCCGCGACACCUCCUCGACUUUCUCGCCACGUCCGAGCCGGGUAUCUUGGGAUUCUUUGAGUUCAAUGCAUCUCCGCAACCGCCUGGGUACCUGGAGUUCUACCGUGCUGCCCUGCUGUCACUACAGAGAGACGGCACGGCGCCACUGCGGUUCGGCGUGCUGACGAGCGGCGGCGUUGCCCAGCUUGCGGGCCUCGUGCGCUCGGGCUCCGUGUGCAUGCCCCGCCUCUUCAACUCCACCGCGGUGUUCACCGAGAUUGGUGCGGGCGCCACGGCCGAGACGCUGUACCGCUGGGCCGCGGGCGCGCGCCAGCCCCCGCCGCUGAAGUGGCUCCGGCCCAGCGGACGCAAGAGCCUGCUGCUCAACACGGAGCUGCGCAAGGGCCCCGCGCUCAUCCUGUUCCUGCCCUUCCGGCCGUUGCGCUCGGACGGCCACGAGCUCCUGCACAUGGCAGAAGAACUCGCCCUGGAGUACCACAACUGCGAGUGCAGCGACGCCGUGUCCCUGCUGACGAAGCACCUGCGCGGCAAGCAGCGCGGCGCGUCGCCGGAGCCGGCCGCGACCUUGGCUCCCUGCUGCAGCUGCCUGCUGCCGCGGCCUCUGCGGCCGUCGGGGCGCCCCCUCGUCGCGUGCGAGCUGUGCACGCUGCCGCCGGUCCCCUCCUGCCCCGUCGGCCUCCCGGCCUUGGCGGCACUGCCGCCCGCCGCGGGAGGCCGCGCGACGUGCGACGGCCUGCGGGCCCAGGACGGCUACGGCACGCGGAGGUUUAGCCUGUGUUGCCGGCGGCUCGGCCGCGCGGAGCCGGGGUCGCAGACUGGCGCCGGCGUGCCGGGUCCUCUCGCCGGCGGCCUGGGCGGCGGCUCGUGUGACGGCGCGGGGGCGGUGCCGGUUCUGCGGGGCCUGCGGUGCCGCACCAACCGCACGCUGCGCUUCUAUGCCAUGGACUCGGAGCUGCACUGGGAGUUGGCGGAGCGGCUGGGGGCGCCGUCGCCGCCGGCCCCCUCCCCCCUCACUUUCGUCACCAUCGUGAGCGUGGAGCAGGAGCAGCACCACGUGCUGCGGCACAACCACACGGUCAACCGCACGCAGCUGGUCGAGUUCGUCGAGGAGUUCAGCCGCCAUCACAGUGGCCUCCAGCGGCACUUGAGCUCCGGCUGCGGCGUGGCGCGGCCGCCCCCCACCUCCGCGCGGCCGCCCCUCGUGAUGGAGGUCACGACGACCACCUUCCACGAGCUGGUGCUCGACCCAGCCAAGGAGACCCUCGCGGAUCAUCUUGGGUGAGAGGCAGUGGAGGAGUCGGUAAUUUAUGCAGCCCUGCUUACCGGUGGAAACUUCUACUGGAGCCGCACGAGGUGAGAGUAAAUCUCGAGUCGUGAUCUUAACGCGCCCCGCUGCCCAUCGCUAAUCAUUUCUUCGUGGUUCAUUCAUUAUGAACGGCGUCGCCAUUUAACGGGCGCCGCCGUGGGGGGCGGGGGGUUGCGGUGCCACGAAUCCACGAGGCCGACGAGAGGCCGUGGGGGGGGGAGUCAGCAGGUAACGGACGCUCUGGUUCGUCGCUAAAAAACAAUUCUUACGCUCGCGAUAUGCGUAUCGAGUCGUGCGCACAGUAGCCCGUUAAAUUUUUUAUGAAAAUGUUCACAUUUUUUUUAUUCGUAACCCGCUGCGUGUAAUUGGGUUCGUGUAACCUCUCCAGCCAAUAGAGGCGGCUGCAUCCACUGGACUGGGUGGCACAGAGGGUUGUUGCUGUGUCGGAGCACGGGAGCCAGAGCUCAUAGUUUAACUGGAUUCUCCAUUGCGGUGAUUUCAUGGCCCUCAGCCAGUUGCCCAUUAAAUAACUGCAUAAAAGAUGUGACGGAAAAUUUAGUUUGCCAACCUAAUCGUUUUUCUGUAGCCGUGAAGACGAAAACACGUUGGAUGUUUUCCGUGCGGUGAGCUUCGUGACGGCGGCAGCAGCGGCGGCGGUGGCGUGUGGGAGGGUGCAGCAGCAACCCAGUGUGGGUACGAGUCGUGUGAUUUCAUCUUCCAGAGACCGCUCUGUGAACACAGGAUGGUGCACUGCUAGCUGCGAGAGUUUAAUGCGGAAAGCUCCCCUGGUCUUCUGACAUGACACUUGAUGGCACAGUUCGAGUAGAAUUUGUGAAAUUUCUGAAUGACAAAAUCAUACAUUGUCAAAUAUUCCACAUUUAAACACUCGGCCCCUGAAGUAGCAACAGGCUACGCUACUUGCUGCACUGUUGACAAUAAACCAUGAGCGUGUUUCCCCUGGCGAGCGUCGGUGACGUCAUUUUUGGAUAAAUGUUUCCCUUGGGCUUGUGUGUCGCAGUGCCACGAUCGUGGAGAUAGCCGGAGUGCCGGAGGUCGCCGGAGUCCCUGGAGCCGUGGUUGUGUGUCGUGUGCGGUGCUCUUGGGUUUUACUGUAAUGAGUAAGGAAAGUUGAAUCUAAAUUGGGUUCCCUACAAACGACCAUUCGAUUCGUCAUGAUACAGGUUCACAAUUUGAUUCAAAGAAUCACUCUUCUUAUAUUGUUGUUGUCAUAGUGAAUUGGUGCGGCUCCAGUGGCUGCAGAGGUCACGUGAACCUGGCUGCAGGCCGUCAGGGCGGCAGGAGGCGUCACCUGAACCCUCGGUUCGGUCGUGACAAGCGGUUCAGGUAAUUGAGGAUCUCAAGUUACAGCAGGAGGCGAACACCGUGUUUCCAAACCGCUGCGUUGACCCAUGCCUGACCCCAAGCAAAUUGGACGUGCCGCACAUUAUUUGUGAGCAACAUAGCUCGCGCGUUACCCAUGCCUAUCUGCUCAUCUGGACCGGGGGAACAGCGGAUCGUUAAUAUACACAGAUUUUGACCUGACUCUGGACGAGGGCUCUCAGCGGUCUAAUCCCACGGCAGUUAUUUUAAGUUACGUAAGCGUGGCAUUUGGCCACUGUAACACGUUCUCCCGUUCAAUUUGUGCAGCACGCGGUCGAAAUAUUAAACUCUGUAAGUGAUCCACUUGGAUAGGAAACUCUGUUUUCCAAAACCUGAAUGAAGAAUUUCGUAAAGCAAAAAUAAACAUCGCAGUUGUGGAUGGCAGCGGCUGCUGCCAAGCCAAGCCAAGUCGGGUGAUUGAGGCGACGCCGAAGACCUUGCAUCCGUGGUGGAUCCAGUCUGACGUAAGAUGAACGGGUUAAUUUUUUGUAAAAAAAAAAACUUUUGUCCAAAACAAAAUGUAAUUGCCUCCCAUAAUUUGGAUUAUUAUUUCCAUGACUGUCAAGACACACAGAUGGACACACAGACACACAGACACACAGACACACAGACAGACAGACAGACACACAGACACACAGACAUACACACAGACAGACAGACACACAGACAGAACAACAGCCGCCAUCCGCCACCUAAGUGGCAGUCACAUCACCAGGGCGCCCGUGCCAGGCCAGGUGCACUUUGAGGCCACGUGAGGUGUGUCGAAGAUUCGCUGACAGGUCACGGGACAGAGGCAGGUGCCAUGAAUUGUUCUUGUACUGUAUUCUUGGUUCUUUUGGUAAAGUCACAUAGA